CUCAUCCCUAUGCCAAGAAAGAAAAGCAGUGGGAUCAGACGGGCAAUACAGGCUGCUAUUUAUGAACAACAAAGAAUUCUUCUACGAGAAGCCAACGCUCGAGAUCAAGCGGCCAUUCAGCCUCAGGCUAUCCUACCUCACAUUGCUGAACCUCAUGUUGCUGAACCUCAAGUUGUUGAACCUCAAGCGAUUCAACAGGAACCACUGGAGGAACGCGUUCAGCAGGCAGUGAGAAUUUUCAACUCUAUUCAAUAUCUUUCUCGCAGAAUACCCCCUCAGCUACUGCCACCAUCCGUAUCACCAAGAGAGGACGAACACGUUCUUCAGUUGGCGCAUGAAGACGAAGACGUUCUUCAAUUGGCGUAUGAAGACGAAGCUUAA